UAAAUAAACACCUGUAUAUAUUUAUAUACUCUCUUUAAUAUAAUUUUAUAUUAUUAUUUCGGUUUUAUUAUUGAUUUAUCGGUUGAACAUUUUUGAUUGUAUAAUACAUUUUAUAUCAAGAUGGUGAAGCACAAUAAUAUGUUAUCGGAUGUUCACAGGGUGAAAUGUAGUCACCGCUUUGUGAAGCCCGUUUUGAACCAGGCCGGUAAAAAGAAAAGAAGAAGGCUUGCUCGUCAGAGGAAGGCAGCUGCGUCAGGGCUAACACCCACUGGAUAUCUAAGACCUCUAGUUCACAUGCCCAGCAGGCGUUACAACUAUAAGCUUAGGUUUGGACGUGGAUUUACCCUACAAGAGUUAAAGGUUGCUGGCUUGGGUAAGAAGGUGGCCAGAAGUGUAGGAGUCGCAGUAGACCACAGAAGAACAAACAAGUGCGCGGAGAGCUUAAACCUUAACGUAAACAGGCUUAAGACUUACCUGUCCAAGUUGGUCUUGUUCCCAAGGAAGAAGCACGCCAAGAAGGGUUUUGCAGGCCUUCCAUCUGAUACCCCAAGAGAAAAGCUACGUACAUUGGCCCUUACAAAGCAGUCAGUUAAGAAGGUUAUGCCUGUUGUCCAAGAAUUCGUUAAGGAACCCCCGAGGGAAGUAACUGAGAAGGACACAAGUGUCAAUGUAUAUCACAAGUUACGUGUUGCAAGGAAGGCAGCAAAGGCAAAGAAGGCAGCAACAACUGAAACAUAAUUUUUUAACCUCUGUUA